AUGGCCGACGAACCGACUUUGCCCAGCCUGUCACCUUCUAUCUCGUGGGAUGCGCAGACUGAGCGCUUUAGCAACAACCCGAGGAAGCGCAGGUACAACUUCAAGAGCCAUUCGGUCGCGCCCCCGUCAUGGUCCAACUCCAGCGACCCCGCCGUCUUCUCCAGCGAUGAUGACCCAGGUCUGGACAACUAUGUUGAGGGCAGACGGAAGAAGAAGAAGUACGUGGGUUCCUGGUUUCAUCAGCAGCCUGCGUCCUCUGACUCGGCUACCGGGGAGCCGCGGCCGGCGCUGAGGGGCAAGCGGACGUUGAAGCGCGAUUUGGACAGUGGUGUGUGGAUGGGCAGCGACAGCACGGAUGGGGAGGAGAGCAUCAUGAUGCCCGAUCUGCCGACGCAGUCGAGAUUACCCCAGUUGAACCUGGCGCCACCUCGUCGUCGCAACGUCGUCUCGGCCCAGGAGCUGGAGGCCCGGGAAAGAAUCCAGCAGUGCCUGGACUCUGGCAACGAGUACAUUGAUCUCUCCAUGAUGGAACUCAAGACACUCUCCGAUGCCACCAUUCGCCCCCUGUCCGAGUUCUCCUGCAUACCUAUCGUGGCCGAGGGCGUUCCGUUCGAGCAGAAGGAUCCAGCUUUGCAACUCUACCUGUACCGUAAUCCUCUAAUCAAGCUCCCAGGCGCUAUCUUCGACCUGGAGCACCUCACUGUGCUGUCACUUCGCGGAUGCCGACUGAGGGAGCUCCCUCCGGCCAUUGGCAAGAUGCGGCGCCUUCGCACCCUGAACCUUGCACAGAAUCUACUGAGAUACCUCCCUGCAGAGCUGCUCGAUCUCAUGGCCGCCCCCUCUGCCUUGGAAGAGCUGCUUCUGCAGGGAAACCACUUCUUCCAGGCGACCGAACGACCACGUCUUGGUGGCCUGGAAAAUCUUGAAGGCAAUGGUUCGGAAGGAUUGGAACUUGUCGGAGCGUGGAAGCCGGGAACCGAUGGGGUUGCCGCAAGGUUCUUUGCACGGUCACCCGUUCACUACCUGGACAGCUUGGGUUUGUCGCAUUCAGACUUCCGCCUUGACCCGGAGGCCGUCAUUGUGCGGACGGAACGACAGGAUGGCAAACGAAGCACGUCUAGCGGCUCCCCUACGUCUUCCGCCCCUUACCACUCAAAAUCCGCUGGCAGAUGCGUUGCAAGUGUUAAGGGGAGCCGCGUCCCUAGUCUGGUGGAGCUGGCGCUGCGCAGUGCAUACAAGAGCUCCGAUCUGGAUGAGCUUCCCCAUUACAUCCCUGAUUCGCUGUCUCACUUGCAGACCCUGCUGGAGCGUGCUGCGGAUCAGCGCGAGGCGGGCGGGCUUACGUGUGCCAUGUGCAAGAAGCCCUUUGUGGCCCCGACCACCCAGUGGUUGGAGUGGUGGCAGGUCUGUCUCGUAGAGAGCAGGCAAAACGAGGAGGGCUACGCCGUCAAAGCCCGGCCGUGGACAGACUUGGACGAGGAGAACGAUGGUGCCGUCCCAUUUCUUAGGCGGGGCUGCUCCUGGAAGUGCGGCCCUGCUCAUGUCAGGGAGGGGCAGUGGACGAUUCGUGCUACUCCAAAGAGUCUGCAAGAACAAGAAUAA